CCUGGGCCUCUUUUGCAAUCUGACUUUUGUCCAUAUACCUACUCUAUUUGUUAGCGCAACCUAGCACGCCAUGUUUGGGAGGAGCAGCGGGCUCGAUGCACUCCUCGAACGACCACGACCGAGUACAUUGCAACAAUUCAUCAGAGAACCCUGCAUAUUCCUAGUAACAAAACUCUACAAAUGGCGUCGGACUAUGGGUUUCGAGCCUAUCAACCCUAUCGCUGUCGUCUGCAUCUCAGAUACCCACAACAGCCAGCCAUCAGACAUACCUGCUGGUGAAAUAUUAAUCCACGCCGGCGACAUAACGCAAACCGGCACCCUGAAAGAAAUCCACGCGUCCCUUGAUUGGCUUAACUCCUUACCGCAUCCUUUCAAGGUCCUCAUUGCGGGUAACCAUGACAUCCUGCUUGACCAUACCCAACCGCACGCCGAUCCGGCCGCACGCGCAUCUAUCAACUGGGGCAACAUCAUCUACCUCGACUCCGAAUCCACAACUAUAUCCUGCGCCAACGGUCGUCGCCUCAAAAUCUACGGCAGCCCUCUCACCCCACGCCAUGGUAACUGGGCGUUCCAAUACCCGCGCAACCAAGAUGUAUGGCAAACCAAGAUCCCCGCAGACACAGACAUACUUAUCACACACGGUCCGCCAAAAGGCCAUCUCGAUGCAGGGCACCUUGGAUGCAAAUACCUGCUUGACGAGGUAUGGCGGAAGAAGCCUAGGUUGCAUGUGUUUGGACAUGUGCAUGAUGGAUAUGGGGUGGACUGGGUACAGUUUGACGGUUUGCAAAGAGCGUACGAAAAUGCAGUUAUAGCAGGUGGAGGGCUCUGGAAUCUCGGGCGAGUGCUGUUCGAGUUCAUUGUUGCUCAUUUUACUCCCGGGAAAGAAUCUAAGGCUCUGUUUGUUAAUCCCACUAUUGUCGGGGGCCUCCGAGACGAGCAGAGGAGACGUCCGAUAACUGUGUAUGUCUAGAUCCAAUGUAGUCAUGGCAUACUUCAAGGCUUAGAAGCAC